AUGGGCAUCGUUAGCAGCAAGCCUGAGGACGGGGCCGCCCUCUUUCUUAGAGACCAGAAUCGACUAUCCAUAGCCUCUUUAGUCAUUUCGAACCCGCGAAGGCGUUCGUCCAUAAACAUCGUUCCCAAUGCUUUCCCUGCCACCAAAGUAUCGGCUUCGCGCCCACUAGGCGACGGCAGUCCCAUAGAAUUUGUCCAGGACACUGAAGUCGUUACGAGCCCUGGUGGCCUCCCGAAUUUCAUACUAAAGCUCACCUACGACGACGAGCUUGUUUUCAACUUUACUUUCGUCAUCCGCCAGGGACAGCAGUUCGUCACGAACGGCAGCGCCGACACCGUCGCUACGGUCGAUACCCAAAUCAGCGGACUGACAUAUGUCUACGCCUCGACGCCGCGCGAGGUGGAAAACUUGGUAACAAGAGAGUUCCAUGCGGACCCAAAUCUACACAAGAACUCCAACGUCGAAUUGGUGGGCGACUUUAGCACCGGCGGCAACCCAUCAGUAUCCUUCGAAUGGACCUGGAAGUGGAAGCCACCAAAGAAUGUGGAAGAUAGGGGCGGCGGAUGGAGGAAUACUUGCAGUUUCGUCGAAUACGAUCCCCGCAACCACUGCCUGCACACUUUGGCUAGCUUCUCCUACUGGGUUUCUAAUCCAGCUUUGCCACUCAGCCACCCUAACUCGCCGUCUCCUCCUUUCCUCUUGACCGCACCUCCCAAGAUCCGAGUUGCCUCAUCUCAGUCUGUCGAUUCUCGAAUCAGCCACAGCGAACUAGAAGAACCCUCGUCGCCGCUGCCAGGCAAUUUCUCUUCUACCACUAUACUCUCCGGGCCACAAUCUGCACAGGAACCGAUCAAGGUGGAUGUCGCGUGCCCCAAACCAACCGAUGAUGUCCUCGUUCCAGACGAUGGCCCGGUCUUCAGAGCAACAAUAAAGGCAUUGGAACAAAAGACGGGCAAUAUGCGGACGCAGAUGAAGCGCGUGCUCAAGAUGGCUAAACAGGCGCAUGAGGCGCAGGUAGAAGCCAACAAGAACUUCUCCGAAUUCAUCGACACCCUUCGCGAAGCUUCAUCCACAAACGCCAAUGCCGUACAGCCGGCUAUUGAACACUACUUUGACAAAAUUGCCCGCGAAAUCCUUUCGUACGAGCGAACAAAUACGGUUAAUCUUAAGCGUAUCGUGAUCGAUCCGCUGGACAAAUUUUACACGGUAGAUAUUAAACAAGCCGAGUCGAAGAAACGUGAUUUCGAGGAAGAAAGCAAGGACUACUAUGCUUACGUCUCGAGAUAUCUUGGACAGCGCCAUGACUCAGUCAAGGCUAAGAAACUGGCAGAAAGCGACUCCAAGUACCAGACGAAGCGCCGCAACUUUGAGCUCAAGCGAUUUGACUACUCAAGCUUCAUGCAGGAUCUCCAUGGUGGCAGGAAGGAGCAGGAAGUGCUUUCACACCUUACAAGGUAUGCCGACGCUCAGACCAAAGGUUUUCUGGAGGCAGCCAAAAAGAUCGACACUUUACUGCCACAACUGGAGGCGCUCUCGAGCGAAGUGCAAGAGGCCGACAAGGAAUAUCAAUACCAGAGGCGGGAACGGGAAGAGAAGAGAAGACUCCUCGAGAAGAGCAACCAGCCGUAUAACGAGCCAGACCUUGGACCGGCGCCUGGCACCAGUGCUGGCCAAACCACGGCCUCAAACGGCAAUGCACAGGUCUCUGACAGCGAUCUUGGCCGCGCCGACAGCACAGGAUCGCAGCUGAAGCUUGGGUUGUCCUCGGGGUCGAACCCUUCGGUGGCCAUGUCAUCCCCUGAGCUGACCAGGUCACCCGGCAGCCUUGGCAAUUCCUCGGUUGGAAGUCCUGCUCAAGCUUCGAAAUUCAAGGGCAUCCGUGACUUGGAAGAGAAAGACUACGGCCAGCUGUCUAGCGCCAGCAGCAGCGCCCAGCGCAAAGAGGGUCUGUUAUGGUCUCUGAGCAAGGCUGGCAGCAACCAUGUAGACCCGCGUAACCUGAACAAGCAGGGUUGGCACAAGUUCUGGAUUGUCCUAGACCAAGGCAAGCUCUCGGAGUAUAGUAACUGGAAGCAGAGGCUGGAUCUGCACAAUGACCCCAUUGACUUGAGGAUGGCAUCCGUCAGAGAGGCGCGCAAUGCAGAGCGCCGGUUCUGCUUUGAAGUCAUUACGCCCCAGUUCAAACGCGUAUACCAAGCCACAUCUGAAGAGGACAUGAACAGUUGGAUCACGGCCAUUAAUAACGCAUUGCAAAGUGCGGUUGAGGGCCGCAUUAUGAGGGAUAAGUCUGCUCCCAGUGAUUCAGGUCAUAUUAAGAGAGACAUUGGCUCCAUCCUCACAGGAAAGAGCCCUUCCGUUGGGCACAACAGUAGUCACACAAACUCGAACAGUGCACCACCCGUCCGCCGGAUCACGGUUGGCGCUCGGCCCAGCACGCACAGGUCCACUAGUUCAACAUACGACGAGAAUCCAGACAAGCUACUGCAACUGCUUCGCGACAACGAUCAAGGCAACUGCUGGUGCGCCGACUGCGGGUCGGGCACAAAGGUCGAAUGGGUUUCAAUCAACCUAGCCAUCAUUCUUUGCAUCGAAUGCAGUGGCAUUCAUCGCUCCCUCGGCACACAUAUCAGCAAAGUGCGAUCUCUAACUCUGGAUAUCAACUCCUUUACCUCUGAUAUUGUCGAGCUCCUGCUUCUUGUUGGCAACAGGGUGUCGAACAUGAUAUGGGAAGCGAGGCUUGAACCUGGAUUGAAGCCGACGCCCCAGGCAACGAGGGAGCAGCGGCUGAGGUUCAUUACUGCUAAAUACGUCGACAAGGCCUACGUGGAGCCGAUCUCAGCUACUCUCUCGCGCUAUGCAAACCCCGAAGAUACCUUACUAGCGGGUAUCAAGAAGAACGAAAUUCAGCAGGUAAUCUAUGCACUGGCUUUACGAGCCAACCCCAACGUCACAGACAGAUCUCGCGGAACGCACGCCGUAUUCUUGGCCCUUGCGGCUGCCGAUCCCGCCUCGCCCUCUCCCACUCCGGGGCAACCUCCGGAGACGGACAGAACGGUAACGUUCCCGGUGGCAGAGAUGCUCCUUCAAAACGGAGCAGAAAUACCGACGUCGAUGCCGGCUUUCCCAUUAAGCCGCAGCGCACAGAUGUACAUUGAAGAGAAGCGAGGACGGAAUACGGGGGGGUUUUCGAGUGAUGCAGUGGGAUCACUGCCCAGCAACCCUAGCUCGAACGAAAAGCUCCAGCGGGAGAGGGACGCUCGGCUACAGAAGAGAGUAAGUGCAGGAGGACGUCUGGCUAAGAGCCCGAUUCCGGAAAGGUAG